AAUUUAAAUUAAACAUGGCGCGUCAAAGUAUUAACUUAGAUUAUGACAAAAUGCAUAAUUUGUUAGAUAAUAAAAGUAUUAAUUUAGAUAAUUGUAGAAAAUUAAUUAAAUCUUAUAUUGAUCUACAUUUAUAUAGUGCUGCUUUGUUUUGGGCAGACAAGGUUGUUUCAUUGAGUAAUGAACAACCUACGGAUGUAUGUACUUUAGCACAUUGUAUGUAUCUAAUGAAACAAUAUCACAGAGCAGCUCAUCUUAUUAGAAGUCGUGGACUCGAGAAGAGAGAUGUAAUGUGUCACUAUUUAACAGUAAGAAGUCUUCUAGAAGCAAAAGAAUAUAACGAAGCGCUUCAAGUGAUUAAUGAUUCAGAAAUAUAUACUAACAUAACACAAUCUGGUAUUGGUUUCACGGAUCAUGUGGACAUGCUAGAGGAUGCUCCAAAAAAUGUACAAAGUUCAAUAUUGUAUGUAAAAGGACGAGUAUAUGAAGCUAUGGAUAACAGAGCAGUAGCUAUUGAUUGUUACAAACAGGCUCUACAUUGUGAUGUUUAUUCGUAUCAAGCAUUUGAAGCACUAGUUCAAAAUCAAAUGCUUUCAGCUUCCGAAGAAAAAGAACUUUUGGAAUCCCUUCCAUUUAGUGAACAAUGUACAGAAGCUGAAACAGAACUUUUACGGUUGCUGUACGAAAGUAAGCUAAAAAAGUAUCAGGAACCAAAUAAGAAACAGACGCUUGCAACCUGUAGCGUGAUGGGAGUUUUAGUCACGGACAGAUUAUUAGGUAACUUGGAUAUGGAAGUUUCGGAAGCAGAGAGAUUAUAUUACAAUUGUGACUACCACAAAUGUUUUUCCCUUACAGAAAGAAUAUUGAAAAAAGAUCCGUAUCAUAAUUCAUGUUUACCAGUGCAUAUUGCCUGUUUAGUAGAAUUAAAAAAAACUAAUGCAUUAUUUUACUUGGCGCAUAAAUUGGUUGAUUUAUAUCCAGACAUGGCCUUAGCAUGGUUCGCUGUUGGAUGUUAUUAUUACAGUAUAGGUAAAAGUGAUCCAGCAAGAAGAUAUUUAGCAAAAGCUACAGCAUUGGAUAGACUGUUUGGUCCUGCUUGGUUAGCUUAUGGACAUUCUUUUGCUGUAGAAAAUGAACAUGAUCAAGCGAUGGCUGCUUAUUUUAAAGCUUCUCAAUUAAUGAAAGGUUGUCAUCUGCCACUUUUAUACAUUGGACUCGAGUGUGGCUUAACAAAUAAUCUUAAAUUGGCUGACAAGUUUUUCCAACAGGCUCAAGGAAUAGCCCCAAAUGAUCCGUUCGUUAUACAUGAGAUGGGUGUUAUAUCUUUUUAUAAUUUAGAUUAUAAAACUGCUGAACGACAGUUUAAGGAAGCUAUGAAAAGAAUUCAAGGUGGUCUGAAGGAUGUUAUUCUACCUAGUAAGUGGGAAGCACUGUUAAAUAACUUGGGUCACACUUGUAGGAAAAUGAAGAAAUAUGGAGAGGCAUUGGAAUAUCACUACCAGGCGUUGGUAUUAAAUCCAUUGAAUCCAUCAACAUAUUCAGAAGUGGGGUUUAUCCAUGCAUUGAUGGGAAAUACCCAGGAAGCUGUAGACGCUUUUCACAGAGCUCUUGGUCUUAGAAGGGACGAUACUUUUACAACAACUAUGUUGACUUAUGUUAUGGAACAGCUUAUAGAGGAAUCACCUCCAUACCCUGUAGAUGCACGCGUUGAUAUUCCGAAAUACAAGUUUCCCGAAGUGAGACUUCAAGAAGCAGAAGGUUCAGAAUCUUUGGAGAACACAAAUCAUAUAACCGAGCCGGGCAAUCAAGACAUCGACAAAUUAAGGGUGAAUUUAUUUUCUGGAUGGGGAGAAGAUUCGAGUAAAGUCGAAGAUCAUACACCCGACAAGGUGGAAAGCAGUUCACGUGACGUAGUCGUGAAUUACUCCAGUGACAUUAGUUCUGAAGUUGAAAUGUUAGAUUCGUCGACAGCGCAUACAGAAUAUAAAUAA